AUGAUUUCCUCAUCAUCUCUCUUGGUUCUCGUCGUUCUUUUGGCUUGCUUCAUGGCCGCUCAGGCUCAAUGGGGAUACGGAGGCAUGCCAUACGGAGGAUACGGUGGAAUGGGAGGAUACGGUAUGGGAGGAUACGGAGGAUACGGAGGAUACGGACGCCGCAUGUGGGGACGUCCAUACGGAGGAUACGGAGGAAUGGGAGGAUACGGAUGGGGAAAAUAA